AGGGGAUCCGGGGGGCUGGGAUUGCAGACAACCCGGCGAGGAGCGUCCUCCAGGGAGCUGAACGCGGAGCGCCCCAGACGCACGGAGCUGCCGGAGCGGGAGGGGUUCUUCGUCCUUUCUCUGUCCACCUCCCCCGCCCCGCCAAGCUGUGGUCCGAGAGUGGCAGGGGAGGAGCCUGAGCCGGGAGGCACAGAUGUCCCGAGACAAAGCUUUGGACCCCCUACCCCCACCCGACUUGGAUGAGAUGAAAUGCAGGAAGCCUAAGAAAUGAACUCUCUCUCCUUUCUGUGCCCGCUCUUAGCUAGGAUUCCAGAUGGCAAAUUCUAUGAAUGGCAGAAACCCUGGUGGUCGAGGAGGAAACCCCCGAAAAGGACGGAUUUUGGGUUUUAUUGAUGCUAUUCAAGAUGCAGUUGGACCCCCUAAGCAAGCUGCAGCGGAUCGCAGGACCGUGGAAAAAACUUGGAAACUCAUGGACAAAGUAGUCAGACUGUGCCAAAACCCCAAACUUCAGUUGAAAAAUAGCCCACCAUAUAUACUUGAUAUUUUACCUGAUACAUAUCAGCAUUUGAGACUUAUAUUGAGUAAAUAUGAUGACAACCAGAAACUUGCCCAACUCAGUGAGAAUGAAUAUUUUAAAAUCUACAUUGAUAGCCUAAUGAAAAAGUCAAAAAGGGCAAUAAGGCUCUUUAAAGAAGGCAAGGAGAGGAUGUAUGAAGAGCAGUCGCAGGACAGACGAAAUCUCACAAAACUAUCCCUUAUCUUCAGUCACAUGUUGGCAGAAAUCAAAGCAAUCUUUCCCAACGGACAGUUCCAGGGAGAUAACUUUCGUAUCACGAAAGCAGAUGCUGCUGAAUUCUGGAGAAAGUUUUUUGGAGACAAAACUAUUGUACCAUGGAAAGUAUUCAGACAGUGCCUUCAUGAGGUGCAUCAGAUUAGCUCUGGCCUGGAAGCAAUGGCUCUAAAAUCAACAAUUGACUUGACUUGUAAUGAUUACAUUUCAGUUUUUGAAUUUGAUAUUUUUACCAGACUAUUUCAGCCUUGGGGUUCUAUUUUACGGAAUUGGAAUUUCUUAGCUGUAACACAUCCGGGUUACAUGGCAUUUCUCACAUAUGAUGAAGUAAAAGCACGGCUACAGAAAUACAGCACCAAACCCGGAAGCUACAUUUUCCGGUUAAGCUGCACCAGGCUGGGGCAGUGGGCCAUUGGCUAUGUGACAGGGGAUGGCAAUAUCUUACAGACCAUACCGCACAACAAGCCCUUAUUUCAAGCCUUGAUUGAUGGCAGCAGGGAAGGAUUCUAUCUUUAUCCUGAUGGGAGGAGUUAUAAUCCUGAUUUAACUGGAUUAUGUGAACCUACACCCCAUGAUCAUAUAAAAGUUACACAGGAACAAUAUGAAUUAUAUUGUGAGAUGGGUUCCACUUUCCAGCUCUGUAAGAUUUGUGCUGAGAACGACAAGGAUGUCAAGAUCGAGCCUUGUGGGCACCUGAUGUGCACCUCUUGUCUUACAGCCUGGCAGGAGUCAGACGGCCAGGGCUGCCCAUUCUGUCGCUGCGAGAUAAAAGGAACAGAGCCCAUCAUUGUGGACCCCUUUGAUCCGAGGGAUGAAGGAUCCAGGUGCUGUAGCAUCAUCGACCCCUUUGGAAUGCCGAUGCUGGACUUGGACGAUGAUGAUGACCGGGAAGAGUCCUUGAUGAUGAAUCGGUUGGCAAAUGUUCGAAAGUGCACUGACAGGCAGAAUUCCCCAGUCACAUCACCUGGGUCGUCUCCCCUGGCACAGAGAAGAAAGCCACACCCAGACCCUCUCCAGAUCCCUCAUCUAAGCCUCCCACCAGUGCCUCCUCGCCUGGACCUAAUUCAGAAAGGCAUAGUUCGAUCUCCCUGUGGCAGCCCAACUGGUUCACCAAAGUCUUCUCCUUGCAUGGUGAGAAAACAAGAUAAACCACUCCCAGCCCCACCACCGCCCUUAAGAGACCCUCCUCCCCCUCCACCCGAGAGACCUCCCCCAGUGCCCCCUGACAACAGACUGAGUCGUCACUUCCAUCCCGUGGAGAGUGUGCCUUCCAGAGACCAGCCCAUGCCUCUUGAAGCCUGGUGUCCACGGGAUGUGUUGGGGACUAAUCAGUCGGUGGGAUGUCGCCUCUUUGGGGAUGGCUCUCCGAAGCCCGGCAUCACAGCGAGUUCCAAUGCAAAUGGACGGCAUAGUCGGAUGGGCUCUGACCCAGUGCUUCUCCGGAAACACAGACGCAAUGACUUGCCUUUAGAAGGAGCCAAGGUCUUUUCCAAUGGUCACCUGGGAAGUGAGGAAUAUGAUGUUCCUCCCCGGCUUUCUCCUCCCCCUCCAGCUGCCACCCUUCUCCCCAGCAUCAAGUGUACUGGUCCAUUAGCGAAUUCCCUUUCAGAGAAAACAAGAGAUCCGGUAGAGGAAGAUGACGAUGAAUACAAGAUUCCUUCAUCCCAUCCUGUUUCCUUGAGUUCACAACCAUCUCAUUGUCAUAAUGUAAAACCUCCUCCUAGAUCUUGUGAUAACGGUCACUGUAUAUUGAAUGGGACACAUGGCACAUCCUCAGAGAUGAAGAAACCAAACAUCCCUGAGUUAGGCAUAUAUUUAAAGGGAGAUGUUUUUGAUUCAGCCUCUGAUCCAGUGCCAUUGCCACCUGCCAGGCCUCCAACUCGGGACAAUCCAAAGCAUGGUUCUUCACUCAACAGGACGCCCUCUGAUUAUGAUCUUCUCAUCCCUCCAUUAGGCGAAGAUGCUUUUGAUGCUCUGCCUCCGUCCCUCCCACCUCCCCCACCUCCCGCAAGGCACAGUCUCAUCGAACAUUCGAAACCUCCUGGCUCUGGCAGCCGACCAUCCUCAGGACAGGACCUUUUCCUCCUUCCUUCAGAUACCUUUUUUGAUCCAGCAAGUGGCCAAGUUCCUUUGCCUCCUGCUAGGAGAUUACCAGGUGAAAAUGUCAAAUCCAACAGAGCAUCCCAGGACUAUGAUCCGCUUCCUUCAUCUUCGGAUGGUUCACAAGCACCAGCCAGACCUCCUAAACCACGACCCCGCAGGACUGCACCGGAAAUUCAUCACAGAAAACCCCACGGGCCUGAGGCAGCAUUGGAAAAUGUCGAUGCAAAAAUUGCAAAACUCAUGGGAGAGGGUUAUGCCUUUGAAGAAGUGAAAAGAGCCUUAGAGAUAGCCCAGAAUAAUGUGGAAGUGGCCCGUAGCAUCCUCCGAGAAUUUGCCUUCCCCCCUCCAGUCUCCCCACGUCUAAAUCUAUAGCAACCAAGAUCAUAAAGACCAGAAGGCGAAGCAAUCGCUGACUAUCCCAGGCGUGUGGAGAGAAAAGUGAGAUGGGAUUCAAGAGAGAAGCUUUCUCCUCCUCACGUGGCAUCAUUGAGAAGAGAGGCUUGGAAGUGGCUGCUUCUCAGAAGACAGCUGCUGCUUGCUCAGGAUGCCAAGGGCUGUGGCUUCCUUACUUUUGCUAGCCAUACUUUUAAAUCAGGGUUGAACUGACAAAAAUAAUUUAAAGACGUUUACUUCCCUUGAACUUUGAAUCUGUGAAAUGCUUUUCCUUGUUUACAAGUUGGCAAAGUUGCAGUUUGUUUUUUUACUUUUGUUUUCAGAUUUUUGGUUUUUUUGAUACCUGUACUGUGUUCUUGAUCAACCCUCUGUACAGUGGUCAGGUCUGCUGUAACAUUUCCUACCAACUCCCUUGCUGUGUGCAUCAACAGCGAAGUCCCAUAUUCAUUGUGAUUGCUCCCAUCCCAGCCCCCUACCCAGGUCCAAUUUCAUUUCUCCCAUUUACAAGAUGCUUUAAAGGUUCUGAUUUUCAGCGUAUCAAACUAAUGCAAAACAAGUGUGUGGCCUUCACUACUGAGUCUUUUCUUUGGAAACCAUCACUGUUGAGAGAUGGGGAAAAUCUGAAUGUAUAAAGCAUUUUUUUGGUUCAUGAACUGCCUUUUAUAAGGGAUUUUCAUAUAAUAUAGAAGAGCUUCCCUUUUUGGUGUAAGUUUUGUGAUCUUUAAUCUUCCACACUCUCAUCUUUGUCAUUCUCGAGGUGUAAUGACUGUUAAAAAAACCUGAAAUAUUGGAAAGCAGCUACUGCAGAGGUGGGAGAAAUACACUUGCACAUGACAGUGCCAUACUAAAGUUAUGCAACGCGGUCCCUUGAUAUUUAUGCCUGCAUUACUUACGAGGCAUAUACUGAAUAAGAGGCCAUCUCCCAGAAGUGUAUUAGUAAUUUUCAGAUAAAAUUAUGAGCAUACCUUUCCCAAAGUGGAACAGACUUCAUUUCCUGUUUGAGUGAUUACACUCUGGUACCUAACAAGUUUAGGAACCAGUUCCUCUUGCAGUGGAAACAGUAAAUCUUUGAUGCACUGUUAAGUGCUAAUGCUACUGUGGCAACGUGUUUUUUUGUUUGUUUGUUGUUGCAAAAUUCUUAAUAGUAAUUUUCUCUCUACCAUCAAAUUAGAGCUCAUAUUUAAUAUUUAGAGUCUCAUUCAUUGCUCCACGUUGUUCCAUCCAGUCAGGUGAAAGAAAUUUAUAUAGUUUUGCCUUUUUUGCAAAAUGAAAGUAGGUUCUUCAGAAACCACAUUAUUACUUUUAAACCUACAGAUAUUUAUUGGGCACCAGUGAUGUGCUCCGUGCUGUCAGGCACUGUGUUCUUAAAGCACAAACCAUCACAAAGUGAUUGGAUUGUGGUAUUCUGUUUGUUAUCCUUUAUCCACACUCUUGAUGGUCAAAAAGUGUCUCUGCUAGACAAAAGCAUGGAAGGUUUCCACCAGUGCUUCAGAAUUUUCAGGCAGUCGUCUUUUUAAAUUAUUGUUUAGUAAAGAAUUGAGACGAAACCAGGUCUGUGUUAAAUGCUUGACCCACAGGUGGUUUUCUAAAUGUACUGCCUGCGAGUUUGUGCACAUUUCUGUCACUCGUUUAACUUCACACAGUGUGAUGUGAAAAGAUGCAUCUGGUAAUGAGUGUCUCUUUGGGACUUGAAAGCAUGUGACCAAAUGUGUAGCAGAGCCAAAGGAAACUAAGUCAAGACUUGAAUAGUCGUGUUGACCUGGGGAGGGAACCAGCACAUUUCUUUGUGAACUGACACGUGCCCUGACUUGACAACUUGGUCUAACAUGAGGUACUUGAGGAGUCAUAGGCCUUGGAUAGUUUGUGCUCAUGUUUUAAUUUCUUCAUCUGAUUCUGAGCUGGGUCAUGUCCCUGGAAGAGAAUUUUUAAUUUGCCUUAACUGUUCUUCCUGUAAGUAAGUAUAUGAGGGCAGUUUUUUAUGUUUUUAAAAAUUGCAUUGGCUAAUUCUCCAUUGCUUUAUGAACUCCAGUUUAUAUCAUCAUGAUUUUUCAUUUGUUUUAUUAUUUUCUGAUGUCAUGCUGAAAUAGCACUGUGUUUGGUUUUUUUUUUUCUUUUUUUUUAUGACUUGCUGAUCUUUGGUACAGUCUAAAAGCCAAAAGUUGCCACUUCAUUGUGAUAACAUUCUUAAUAGAUCAGGGAAGGAUGUAAAAUGUGAGUGUUAGAAAGCAUACUAUAAUCUCAUUCAAACAAUCUUAAAAAUGAGUGAAAAUUUCCAAUGAAAGUGAGAAAAAAAUAGUGACAAUAUAGUAAGUUUAGGCCUGAAAUUUUUAAAAUCUAUUUUGCAAGAAAACUUACUAGCCUGCACCAAAAUCCCUCUGUACCUAGUUCUCAAUAGCAACCAUUAGUUUUACCGUGAAAAAGACCAAAUCAAAAAUUUGUAUGGAAUGGAAAGAGGGAAACUUUCUAUCAAACACUGUCAUGAAAAACUUAACUGCUACCUAUUACUUAACUCAAAAAAAAUUUUUUUGAGGAAAUAAACAAAAACACAGUUUUUAAUCAUAAAAGUGACUAGCCAUUAAUGGCUGGAAAUGAUCCAGGUUUGGUUUCACUGUGAUCCAAAAAGUUUGACAUUCCUCCCAUUUCUUAAGAUUUGGUAAUAUAAUUAAAGCCACGACAACAUAUCAUUUAUAUAAUUAAAACAGAUCAUGGCCAACAUUAACCUGCUCUCCCCUGUCCCCUAACAUACUCUGGGGCAGAAGUACUUACCUUUAAAGAUAAUCCAGUAAAUUAUCUCCAUAAUCUCUUUUUCCCCUUGAUGUCUGUAAUAGCUAUCCUGGCCAAAUUUUCUAGAAUUGAAUCGGCAGUGCUUAUGGUCAACUUGAACUUCCUUCCACAAAGGUGACCCCUCCCCAUCCAUAUUCCCUUGCCUAUAUUGCAAAUAGUCUUAAUAACAGAACCCUAAUUGCCCAUGAACCUCAGAGGGCCCAUUGGUUAACUCAAUAUUCCACACACAUGAACACUUGCAAAGAUUUCUUCAUAAUGUGAAUUUUUUUCUUGUUCAGUUCCAGAAGCAUUUCUUACAGUUUGGACAUUAUUUUUCCUCUCAGAUCUUCAACUUGAAGCUUUAAUUUGCACUGAAUUGUCUAACCCAGUUAAAUUUUUCAGUUUUUUUUUUUUUUCUGUUACGCUGACAGAUUUGAAAGCAAAUUGCAGUAUGUUUUCAACAAUACAGGUACUGCCUGUUGACCUGGAAUUUUAGUGCUUCUAGGAAGAGUUUGCAGAAAAUGACAGCAGUUGAGUGAAGGGUUUUCUUCUCAAUUACUAUUUUAUUUUUAAUACCUUUUUAAAACUUGUCUAAUGUGGCAAAAUAGCUGUGUGUUCAAUUAAUUUAUAUUUUAUUCAUCCUUUUUCAAUUCUGGUUAUUAUGUAAACUCCAGUACAAUUUUAUCUGUUCUUUUAAGGUAUUUUAUAAAAUGAAUGUUAACAAAAA